UUACAAAUUGAAAAGAGAGAAAGCAAGCUACCCAACACUACCAAACAAAAAACAAUCUUAAAAAACAAAAACUCUGAAACUACAAUCCAACACAACAUCUAAAACCAAGUAAAAAAGAUUACAAAUACAAAACAUCCAUUCUAUUCUGCCACUCUGUGCUGCUGGAAAUCUUACAUCAACAACACAACACAACACUCUCAAAGAACCUCACAGGCUUGCGUAUCACAUUCAGAUCUUGAGACCCUUCAUUUGUGCUCAAUAUCAUGGCAGAGCUGAUUGCGGGGGCAUUUCUUUCGUCUGUCUUUCAAGUGACUAUUCAGAGGUUGGCUUCAAGAGAUUUCAGAGGCUGCUUUCGUAAAGGGUUGGUGGAAGAACUUGAAAUCACACUUAAUUCUAUAAAUCAAUUGUUGGAUGAUGCAGAAACAAAGCAGUACCAAAACACAUAUGUGAAGAACUGGCUUCAUAAACUAAAACAUGAGGUAUAUGAAGUUGAGCAACUAUUGGAUAUUAUUGCUACCAAUGCACAAAGAAAGGGAAAGACGCAACACUUCCUUUCAGGUUUUACUAAUCGAUUUGAAUCUAGGAUCAAAGAUUUGUUAGACACGCUAAAAUUGCUUGCUCAUCAAAAGGAUGUGCUGGGAUUGAACCAAAGAGCCUGUACUAGUGAAGGUGCGGUUAGAUUGAAAUCCUCAAAAAGAUUGCCAACUGCGUCUUUGGUGGAUGAAUCUUGCAUAUAUGGUAGAGAUGAUGAUAAAAAUAAAAUAAUCAAUUAUUUGCUUUUAGACAAUGAUGGUGGCAACCAUGUGAGCGUAAUAAGUAUUGUGGGUCUAGGUGGGAUGGGUAAGACCACCCUUGCUCGACUUGUCUACAAUGACCACAAGAUAGAGAAGCAAUUUGAACUUAAAGCUUGGGUCCAUGUUUCAGAAUCUUUUGAUGUUGUUGGACUCACCAAAACAAUUCUCAGGUCAUUUCAUUCCUCAUCUGACGGUGAAGACUUGGAUCCACUCAAAUGUCAACUACAACAGAUAUUAACAGGCAAAAAGUUUUUGCUUGUUCUAGAUGAUAUCUGGAAUGGGAAUGAGGAAUUUUGGGAGCAGUUACUACUUCCAUUUAAUCAUGGAUCUUCAGGAAGUAAGAUUAUUGUGACAACACGUGACAAGCAUGUUGCAUUAGUCAUGAAAUCUGAGCAGCAACUUCAUUUAAAGCAAUUGGAGGAGAAAGAUUGUUGGAGUUUAUUUGUGAAACAUGCUUUUCAAGGAAAGAAUGUGUUUGAAUAUCCAAAUCUUGAAUCGAUUGGAAAGAAGAUUGUAGAAAAGUGUGGAGGGUUGCCUUUAGCUGUGAAAACAUUGGGGAAUCUCUUGCAAAGAAAAUUUUCUCAAGGUGAAUGGUCUAACAUAUUGGAGACUGAUAUGUGGCAUUUAUCGAAGGGUGACGAUGAAAUUAACCCAGUAUUGAGAUUGAGUUACCAUAAUCUCCCUUCCAAUCUCAAGCGUUGUUUUGCCUAUUGUUCAAUUUUUCCCAAGGGUUAUGAAUUUGAAAAAGAUGAAUUGAUCAAGCUUUGGAUGGCAGAAGGUUUGUUGAAGUGUUGCAAAAGAGACAAAAGUGAAGAAGAGCUGGGUAAUGAGUUCUUCGAUGAUCUGGAGUCCAUUUCAUUUUUCCAGCAAUCGAUAAAUCCACUGUAUAGUCGUACCAUACUGGUAAUGCAUGAUCUUGUUAAUGAUUUGGCAAAAUCAGAAUCUCGAGAAUUUUGCUUACAAAUUGAGGGUGAUAGGCUGCAAGAUAUAUCUGAAAGGACACGUCAUAUUUGGUGUGGCUCUCUUGAUUUGAAAGAUGGUGCAAGAAUAUUAAGGCACAUUUAUAAGAUUAAGGGAUUACGCGGUCUACUGGUAGAAGCACAAGGCUAUUAUGACGAAUGCUUGAAGAUAAGCAACAAUGUUCAACAUGAAAUUUUUUCAAAACUAAAAUACUUACGGAUGUUAUCAUUUUGUGAUUGUGAUCUCACAGAGCUGUCAGAUGAGAUAUGCAAUUUAAAGCUUUUGCGCUAUCUAGAUCUGACUCGCACAGAGAUUAAAAGGUUGCCUGAUUCCAUUUGUAAGUUGUAUAAUUUACAAACACUAAUAUUGGAAGAAUGUUCUGAAUUGACCAAGCUCCCUUCAUAUUUUUACAAACUUGCCAAUUUACGCCAUCUUAAUCUAAAAGGCACUGAUAUUAAGAAGAUGCCAAAGCAGAUCAGGAAGCUGAAUGAUCUUCAAACCUUGACUGAUUUUGUUGUGGGAGUGCAGAGUGGAUCUGAUAUUAAGGAGUUGGAUAAUCUCAAUCAUCUUCGAGGGAAACUUUGUAUUUCAGGUUUGGAAAAUGUAAUUGAUCCAGCGGAUGCUGCAGAAGUCAAUUUGAAAGAUAAAAAACAUCUAGAAGAAUUAAGUAUGGAAUAUAGUAUCAUAUUCAACUACAUUGGAAGAGAAGUGGAUGUCUUGGAUGCUCUUCAACCAAAUAGCAACUUGAAGAGGCUCACCAUCACAUACUACAAUGGCAGUAGCUUUCCAAAUUGGUUAAUGGGUUUUCUUUUACCCAACUUAGUAUCUCUUAAACUACACCAGUGUAGAUUAUGUUCCAUGUUGCCGCCACUUGGGCAGCUCCCCUAUCUCAAGGAGCUUUCUAUUUCAUAUUGUUAUGGUAUAGAAAUCAUUGGCAAAGAGUUUUACGGCAAUAGUUCAACAAUUAUUCCGUUCAGGUCCCUUGAAGUUUUGGAAUUUGCAUGGAUGAACAAUUGGGAGGAAUGGUUUUGUAUUGAAGGGUUUCCUUUGCUUAAAAAGCUUUCUAUAAGAUAUUGUCACAGAUUGAAAAGGGCCCUGCCUCGACACCUUCCUUCUUUACAAAAACUGGAGAUCAGUGAUUGCAAGAAGUUGGAGGCUUCAAUUCCCAAGGCUGAUAAUAUCGAAGAGUUAUAUCUAGAUGAAUGUGAUAGCAUUUUGGUAAAUGAAUUGCCAUCCAGCUUGAAAACGUUUGUCCUUCGUAGAAAUUGGUACACCGAGUUCUCCUUAGAAGAAAUUUUAUUCAACAAUAUCUUUCUUGAAAUGUUGGUCUUGGAUGUUAGUCGCUUCAUUGAGUGUCCUUCUUUAGAUUUGCGUUGCUAUUCUCUUCGGACACUUUCUUUAAGUGGCUGGCACUCCUCCUCCUUGCCUUUUACCCCACACUUGUUCACCAAUCUUCAUUAUCUAGAGUUGUCCGAUUGUCCACAGCUGGAAUCAUUUCCAAGGGGAGGUUUGCCUUCCAACUUGAGCAAACUUGUAAUACAAAAUUGCCCAAAAUUAAUUGGUUCAAGAGAGGAUUGGGGUUUGUUCCAACUUAACUCUCUGAAAUCAUUUAGAGUUGUUGAUGACUUUAAAAAUGUGGAAUCCUUCCCAGAGGAGAGUUUGCUGCCACCAACUCUUCACACUCUUUGUUUGUAUAAUUGUUCAAAGCUAAGAAUAAUGAACUACAAGGGACUUCUCCACCUCAAAUCUCUCCAAUCUCUAAAUAUUUUGUCUUGUCCUUGUCUUGAGAGCUUGCCAGAGGAGGGUCUACCAAUCUCCCUUUCUACUUUGGCCAUUAAUAGAUGUUCAUUGCUUAAGGAGAAGUAUCAAAAGAAGGAAGGAGAACGUUGGCAUACAAUUCGUCACAUCCCUUCAAUAAAGAUUGACUAUAUUGAGCAGCAGGGAUGAGAUGUUACUAUAGGUGACCAGAAACCAUACUUUUGUUGUCAUCGUCUCUCGUGGAAACCCGAAGGCCCCACAUUUGAUUUAGUAAGUGUGAAGUUCUUUCAUAAGCCAUAUGUCCUACAUCAAUUCAAAAGUAUGUGUAAAUAAAACAAUGAGUUUCAGCUAUUUUCUUGUUAGAUGAUAAGAUUGGGCUUAUGCUAUUAGGCCCUUUAGGUUUCUAAGUUAGUCUAGUCCAUUAGGUGUAACCUAGCCUUCAAAAAGGGAUACAAUUUGUACAAGUAUUUCAUACAGAGUUUCUUGAUAUGGACUUGGGAAUUAUAGGGUGCUCAAGUCUGACAUGAGUAGAAUUGAAUGUUCUGUGUAGUAUAGAAGUGGAUUGAUUCGUGUUUUUAAUAGUAUUUAAGUGUACCAAUGUAGGGAAAAGUCAAGCUCUCGAACCUUGGUAGGGAAACCAAUGUACUGUCACAUUCCGCUCGAAUCCUUUUCUUCUCGCUAUUUUUCUCUCAUGUUGCUGUAAUCAGUCUUUAUUCAGUUAUAAAAAUCCUGUUUCAGUUUUAA